AUGGAUCUAUUGAAAUCUCAGUUCGCGGCUAUCGUCAUUGUAAUUUUGAAUUCUUGGGACGCUGUUUUAGCUGAUCAUGAUGGCGAAAACUGUUCCCCUUACAUUGACUGGCAAGGAAACCCCAUCGAACAAUUCUGGUGUCCGAUGUACUGCUGCGGUUUUCGCGACGACAAGUGGUGCUGUUCCACCCACUGGAACAGGUAUUUUGGUGAUGAUUAUGACGAGGCCACGGAAGAACCACCCGCGAAGAACCCCGCAGACGAUUCAAAUAAUGACACUUUUGGUGGUGGGAGCAACUGGCAUACCAUGAACUCGCUCUACCUAGCUGUCGGAAUAUUCGCUGGUGUUUUCAUGGUCCUUACCAUUGCCUACUCCACGUGCCUUUGCUUGAAGAAGGAGAAAAGCCGGACUCGGGCUUUGCGAGAGAGGCAGGCGCAAGGGAUCGUUCCCCGCACUGUGGUGGACUACAACAGGGGAGGCAACCAGGUGACAAUCCGGGCCCCGAUGUCCCAAGAAGGCUACCCCGGAGUUUACUCCGUCCCCUAUGGCGAUAGCGUUGUCCUGGCCCCGCCCUAUCUAGGACCACCACCGGCAUAUCAGGAGAUGACAGUCCAGAUUUCGGCGCAGCCCAUGGUAGUCGGUGGGGCUACAAUGAUUACAACCGGGGGCGCCGCUACUGCAUGUAUGCCCCGAAUACCAGCUCCCGUUAUGCCACCUACCGUUAUGCCACCUACCGUUAUGCCGGCUCCCGUUAUGCCAGCAGUUGUCGAUUAA